CGGCGUCGAUCGCGCAGCGGGAGCUCGGCUGGUCGAGUCUGAGCGGGGCCCGGCGCAGAAGGAAGGGGAGCCGCCGCCGCCGACGCCGCGUUUAGGAAACAAGCCCGACUCGAAGCGAGAGAAAUGAACAACUCUUCGCUCUCUUCAUCAAUCGGUCGGAUAAAUUGAGCGCUUAUUGCGCGCAAACGGCUGGGCUAAGCGCUUGAGAGCCGUGUGCCCUAGGGGAAAGAGCACAGAACCGUCAGGAUGGCAGACGAUGAUAUUAAUGGAGAAGAUUAUCCAGCAGAAAUUCACGAUUAUUUGUCAGCAUUCGAGAAUUCUCUUGGUUCUGUUGAUGACAUGUUAAAAACAAUGAUGUCUGUUUCUAGGAAUGAGUUACUUCAGAAGUUGGACCCACUCGAACAAGCCAAAUUGGAUCUGGUUUCAGCAUACACAUUGAACUCGAUGUUUUGGGCUUACCUGGCGACUCAAGGCGUUAACCCUAAGGAACAUCCAGUGAAGCAAGAGCUAGAAAGAAUAAGAACUUACAUGAACAGAGUCAAGGAAAUAACAGACAAGAAAAAGGCUUCCAAACUGGAUAAAGGUGCAGCUUCAAGAUUUGUAAGAAAUGCACUUUGGGAACCAAAAUCUGAAAGUGAAUCAAAAUCUUCAAAUAAGGCAAAAAGGAGAAAGUGAACAUUUAGUAUUGCAUAUACACUCCUUGAAAGUACACCCUGCGAAUAUAAGAAUUUGUAUUUUCUAAAACCGAAUACUGGUAUGUCACAAAAGAGUUCAGAUGAUGUAAAAUAUGAAGUAUUGGAUAUCCUUUUAAUAAAUCAUUCUGGCUUCCUUGCGACUUCAAGAAUUUAAUAAUUGAUGGCUUUCUAAAAUUAAACAUUUUGAUUGAAUCUUUUUGGGAGUCCGAUGUUUUAGCAUUUUUUAAAUGGACAGCUCGGAUACAUUUCAUUUCAAGGGACGUUCAAAUACCGACCUAUAAUCAACUGCCAAUUUCCAAGAUCAUGUUCUUUAUAAACAUUUGUGCCUGUCUAAAUGGGUAAUGAAUCACUGUAAGAAUUUCGCUGUUUGUAGUUCACAAAUAGAGUGACUGUAAGUAGCUUUGUAAGAAUGAAAAUAUGAAUUUUUUUUCUGUACAGUUCAAUUGUUGUGACUCACAUGACAUGUUUUGAAAAAUCAUUCAUGGCUUUAAUAAAAUUUGUACUCAAAGUAUC